AUGGCAAUGGUAAAGAGAAGCGUAGGUGUUUAUCAGAGGCUUUUUGGUUCUUCUUAUUGUUUGAGCACUUCAGCUGCAACAACUGAUCAUGAUGCUUCUCAGAGGCUUCAGCUUCCACCGUUUGAUUACAAGCCGCGACCAUACAAAGGACCUUUGGCUGAUGAUGUUUUUGCCAGAAGGAAAAAGUUUCUUGGUCCUUCCUUGUUCCACUUCUACCAAAAACCUCUGAACAUUGUGGAGGGCAAGAUGCAAUAUCUAUUUGAUGAGAAUGGCAGGCGUUAUCUUGAUGCUUUUGCUGGAAUAGUCACCAUUUCUUGUGGACAUUGCCAUCCUGAAGUUCUGAAUGCUAUAAUGGAGCAAAGUAAGCUCCUGCAGCAUACAACAACCAUAUAUCUACACCAUGCAAUAGCUGAUUUUGCUGAGACCUUGGCAUCCAAAAUGCCUGGAAACCUUAAGGUUGUUUAUUUUGUAAAUUCUGGUUCAGAGGCAAAUGACUUGGCGAUGCUGAUGGCCCGUUUAUACACUGGUAACAUUGGUAUGAUAUCUCUAAGGAAUGCAUAUCAUGGAGGGAGUUCCAGUACAAUUGGACUCACUGCUAUGAACACGUGGAAAUACCCAAUACCAGAGGGCGAAGUUCAUCAUGUCAUGAAUCCAGAUCCAUACCGUGGAAUCUUUGGCUCAGAUGCCAGUAGUUACGCCAGGGAAUUGCAAGAUCAUAUUGACUAUGGCACUUCUGGAAAAGUUGCAGGAUUUAUAGCUGAAACAAUUCAGGGAGCUGGAGGAGCAGUUGAACUGGCACCGGGGUACCUAAAACUGGCGUAUGACAUUAUACACAAAGCUGGUGGUGUCUGCAUUGCUGAUGAAGUGCAAUGUGGGUUUGCGCGCACAGGAAGCCAUUUUUGGGGAUUUGAGUCGCAGGGUGUCAUUCCUGACAUAGUUACCAUGGCCAAGGGUAUUGGCAAUGGUUUGCCAUUAGGAGCUGUAGUUACAACUCCAGAAAUAGCAAGUGUGAUGGCCCAGAAGCUUCAAUUUAAUACUUUUGGAGGGAACCCUGUAUGUUCUGCUGGCGGACUUGCUGUGCUCAGAGUUCUUGAUAAGGAGAAGCGUCAAUCUCAUUGUGCUGAAGUUGGUUCUCACUUGAUUCAGCGUUUGAGAUCUCUGAUGCAUGUGCAUGACAUCAUUGGAGAUGUAAGAGGAAGAGGCUUAAUGGUGGGGAUUGAGUUUGUCACCGAUAGAAAAGAGAAGACACCUGCAAAGGCUGAAACAACAACUAUGCAUGAAAGAUUCAGAGAGAUCGGUAUUCUAGUGGGGAAAGGAGGAAUGCAUGGAAAUGUUUUUAGGAUUAAGCCACCAUUGUGUUUCACCAAAAAUGAUGCAGAUUUUGUUGUGGAUGCUUUGGACUAUGCCAUAUCUAAGUUAUGA